AUGACCGCCGCGGGGAACGACGGCGCCGCAGCGAGACGCGAGGAAGCGCAGGCCGGGGCGCGCGGCGCGAGACCGUUCCGCGGAUGGGGAGGAAGCGCUUCGGGAUCGCGGCGCUGCGGCGGGAUUCUGCUGUGCGCGGGGCUCCUGUCCGCGUGCGCUCGGGCCGAGAACUGCAGCCGCGUCCUCGACGGCUCGGCCGGCUCCCUCCAGAGCCCAGGUUACCCGCACGGCUACCCGAGUUUCGCCCGCUGCACCUGGGAGCUCCUGGUCGCCGAGAGCAACCGCAUCCAGCUGGUGUUUGAGAGCUUCGCCCUCGAGCAGCACUUUGACGUUCUCUCCGUGUUCGACGGACCUCCCGGCGCCGCUGUCCUGCGCUCCAGAUUGACAGGGUUCGACAUGCCCGCUCCCAUCAUUAGCUCCACCCCCCGGCUCACGCUGUCCUUCCUGUCGGACUACGCUGUCGGCGCCCGGGGCUUCAAGGUCUCCUACAAAGCUCUGCCCAGACACACGUGUGGGACGCCGGGGCCCCUGCGGGGCGGGUUCUUUCAAGGGUCCAGGUUUGGCGUCGGGGACGAGGUUCGCUACAGCUGUGGGGCGGGGCUUGUGCUGGACGGCAGCGCCGUGCUCACCUGUGUGACCGCAGCGCCUGGUGUCGCCGCCUGGGAUUUCCCGGUGCCCACCUGUCGAGCGGAUGGCGCCUGUGGGACCACCCUCAGGGGGAGCAGCGGCUCCGUCUCCAGUCCCAACUUCCCGCAGGAGUACAGCAGCGACUGCGACUGCACCUGGACCGUUGUGAGCGACCCGGGGGACACGAUCACACUCCUCUUCUCCACCUUCCAGCUCGAGGAGGGAUACGACGUGCUGGAGGUCAGCGGUGCCGAGGGCUCCUCACUGUGGUGA